AUGGCUGCCAAUCCUCGCGUAUCUGAGCGACAACCGCGGCCGGCGAGGCAAAACAAAACUGACAUUCGCCACCAGAAGCGGAAGCGAGAUCAGGACGACCUGACAACGCUGGAGGACGCCAUUCGUGAGCUGGAUCCCAAGAACACCGAAAUCAAUAACUUUUCCGAUCUGCCCCUCUGUCGAGCCACCACCAAAGGCUUGUCCGCCUCGCACUUCCAGACCCUCACCGACGUCCAGGCGCGCGCGAUCCCGCUGGCCCUGAAGGGCAGGGACAUACUGGGCGCCGCCAAGACUGGCAGCGGCAAGACGCUAGCGUUCUUGGUACCGCUGCUCGAGAAGCUGUAUCGCGCGCGGUGGACCGAGUACGACGGCCUCGGCGCGCUCGUCCUCUCGCCGACACGUGAGCUAGCGGUACAGAUAUUCGACGUGCUGCACAAGAUUGGCCGCUACCACAGCUUCUCAGCAGGUCUCGUUAUUGGCGGCAAGAGCCUCAAGGAGGAGGCGGAUCGCCUGCCGCGCAUGAACAUUCUCGUGUGCACCCCGGGACGCAUGCUGCAGCACCUCGACCAGACGGCCGGGCUCGACGUCAACAACCUGCAGAUGCUGGUACUAGACGAGGCGGACCGUAUUAUGGACAUGGGGUUCCAGGCGGCCGUCGACGCGCUGGUCGAGCACCUGCCGCGGGGGCGCCAAACGCUCAUGUUCAGCGCCACGCAGAGCAAAAAGGUGUCGGACCUGGCCCGUCUCAGCCUCAAGGACCCCGAGUACGUCUCUGUGCACGAGGCCGCCAUUUCGGCCACCCCGACCAAUCUGCAGCAGCACUACAUUGUUACGCCCCUACACGAGAAGCUCGAUACGCUGUACGGCUUCAUCAAGUCGUCGCUCAAGAGCAAGAUUAUUGUCUUUCUGAGCUCCGGCAAGCAAGUCCGCUUCGUCUACGAAAGUCUCCGACACCUGCAGCCGGGUAUCCCGCUGCUGCACCUCCACGGCCGCCAGAAGCAGGUCCAGCGACUCGAGAUUACAAACCGAUUCACAGCAGCCAAGCAGGCUUGCCUCUUUGCCACGGACGUUGUCGCCCGUGGUAUCGAUUUUCCAGCCGUCGACUGGGUCAUCCAGGUUGACUGCCCCGAAGAUACCGACACAUAUAUUCACAGAGUGGGCCGUACCGCCCGGUUCGAGAGCGAAGGCCGUGCGGUGCUGUUUCUCGAGCCGAGUGAGGAGGACGGCAUGAUUAAGAAGCUGGAGCAAAAAAAGAUUCCUAUCCAAAAGAUUAACAUUAAAGAGAAAAAGAAGCGCAGCAUCAAGAACGACUUGCAAAAUAUGUGCUUCCAAAACCCUGACCUCAAGUAUCUUGGGCAAAAGUCAUUCAUCAGUUACACACGGUCCAUCCACCUACAACGAGAUAAAGAAGUCUUCAAUCUCAAAAAGCUGGAUUUAGACGCAUAUGCCGCGAGCUUAGGGCUUCCUGGUACACCACAAAUCAAGUUCCAAAAGGGCGAUGAUAUCAAGAAAAUCAAGAAUGCCUCCAGACAAGGAAUGUCAAGCGAUUCGGAGUCGGAUAUGGAUCUGGAUGGGCCCAAGAAGACGAAGAAGAAGAAUGAAGUGCGCACAAAAUACGACAAAAUGUUUGAGCGAACCAAUCAGGACGUUUUGUCUGCUCACUAUAGCAAGAUGGUGGUUGAUGGUGACAAGGCCGCCGACGGUGACUCGGAUGACGAUUUCUUAUCCGUCAAACGCCGCCUCAACGACGACGACUUAGACGCCGAGGUCAGAAAGGUGAAUCACAACGAACCCAAAGUCAUUCACGGCCUCGGCGGCCAAGAGCCCUACGUGAUUGACUCGAAGCGCCGCGAAAAGGCUCUGCAAUCCAAGAAGAAGAUGCUGAAAUUCAUGGGCAAUUCCUCCAAGCUCGUCUUUGACGACGAGGGCAACGCGCACGAGAUUUACGAGCUGCAGCGUGAGCAAGACUUUAAGGAGGCCGGCGACGCCGCCACGCAGCGCGCACAAUUCCUCGAGAGCGAAGCGCAGCGCGUGCGCGCGGCCGACGCCGAUGACAAGGCACUGGCCAAGCAGAAGAAGCGCGAGAAGAAGGAGAAGCGCAAGGCACUGGAGCGUGCAGAGCAUUUGGGCGCCGGCGGCGAUGAGGAGGGAGGAGAAGAAGGGGAGGGUGGCGACGAGGCGCCGCAGUUGGUCGACGGCGGGGACAGCAACGAAGCGCUCGAGUUCCUGCGGUCGCUACCGAUUGCGGGAGAGGGCAGUGAAGAAGACGAGCCGCCGAAGAAGAAGGCCAAGAAGUGGUUCCAGGACGAAGACGAGGACGAGGGUGAGAAAACGAAAAAGAAGAAGAAGAGCAAAAGUAAGAAGAGCGGAAAGGUGUUUGAGGUGGACGAGGAGCCCGAGACGUUGGAAGAUCUUGAGAAGCUGGCAACAGGACUCUUGGAUGGAUAG